UUGCCAUGGAGCAGCCCUUGCGUUGGAAGAGCGGGAUGCUCAAUCCACCAGCAGGCUCUGUGGUGGAGCUGCCCUUGCCAGACAUUGAGAUGCAAGAACUGGAGCUCUUGAUGACCUACUAUGGCUGUAUACGACAAGCGCAGGAGGAUCGUCGCAACGGGAUCGAUGAUGGCAUUGCAGUGGAUGUCCCCGAGUGGGCGUCCAACCUAUUGCUUAGCAGUGGUUUUGGUUGGACAGUGCCACGAAUCCAAGCUCUGGUGACUUCUGUUUGCGGCGAAUUGGAUCCCGAGCCAGACACGGAGGAGUUGCCAGACGACUCACCAGACGACUCACCAGACAACCCAAACUUCCAAGAGGAUCUUCCACCGAGCCACGGUGAAAUUGCAGUGGAGGCAGACUCAAUGGAAUUGCAAAUGUCUCAAGACGAGCCAAGGCCUUCCCUGGAGCAAAGACCUCCAGACCUUCAAGGCCUUCGAAAGACACGUUGGGGCCGGUGCAUGGCACCCUGGUGCCGAAACUUGGCUCUGCAGCCAGUGCUGGGCAGCCGAGGACCAUUUCUGAGUUGCUCUGCCAAGAGCGGCUGCCGCUUCAAGAAGGAGUUGACAGUUGCGCAGUGGCGGACGUUACCGAAGAAGUGGCUGAAUUUUUGGCCCGUCUCUUGGGCUGGAGUCAAGCCGUGGCUUCGACCCAAGAGGCCCGUGUCAUCUCUGGGCCCACCAAAGCCGCGCCGGAUCUCACGUGCGGCACAGGCUUGGGAAGCUGCGUCCGUGCUGAGAUGAACUUUGGCCAGCUGAUGAUCUCAUAGUUUUUUUGGCAUUUGACUAAGGUGCUGAAGUCCAAUGUUUCCCCAGUCCAAGACAAUUUUUGUAAUUUUAGAGCAGAAGGAGAGUAGAGGUGCUUAAACCUCUGACGUGUUUUAUUGGAGUUCUUUGCCUCGCUAUGUUGCUGGGGGGGCCGUUCAGAGCCCUUCCAAUGGUGUGUGGCAGCGAAAAUGCUGGCCUCCACGCUGCUACUUGCUGUGUGUAACACUGCAGCAGGUUGCCAAUGAACCCGGGGAAUAAAUCCACUAUAGCUUUUUGUCAAUGACAGCCACAGUGAAGUUACUUGAUAUAUCAUGACAUUUUCCGUGGCUCCAAGAUUGUGCAGAGCCAGAAAC